CAGGGUGAGGGCGGAGUAUAUAUAAAGGAGGGAGAGCUGCGCUGCCUUGUCAGUCUGUUAGUUUUCAUGCUAAAGGCAACAUAUUCUCACCUCGUACGAUCAGCGAAGUUAAGCAACAGGGCGUCUGGUUAGUACUUGGAUGGGUGUGCGCUACCCCGUCAGAAGAGUCAUUGUUGGUCUUGAGUCUCCUAUACGCUUCGCCAUGCCGCCCCCGCCCUGCCUCCGCCGCCUUGCCGCUGCCACCAGGAGACUUGCUAAGGUAUUCCGCGCCCUCAGGUUCCGGAAGCAGGUGCCCGCGCCGCCGACGCCCUUCCCUCACCGCACCCACGCCCUCAUGUGGAGCUACGAAGAGGCACAGAAUGCCCACAAUGCCCGCCUGGAGCGCCACUUUAAAGCUGCGGGCGGGUCUGUCCUCACGUUGCCCUUCUGCUACGUGGAGUGGGCGGUGUGA